AUGACAAUACCAAUUCGUAAAUCGCACCCUUUAUUUAAAAUUUUAAAUGGAGCUGUUAUUGACCUCCCAGCACCAGCUAACAUUUCAACUUUGUGAAACUUUGGUUCUCUACUUGGUUUAUGCUUAGUUAUUCAAAUCGUUACUGGACUCUUUUUAGCUAUACACUAUACUGCUCAUGUUGACCUAGCAUUCUCUAGUGUGGCACAUAUUUGUCGAGAUGUAAAUUAUGGAUGACUUCUCCGAACGUUACAUGCUAAUGGAGCGUCUUUCUUCUUCAUUUGUCUGUAUAUACAUACCGGACGAGGUAUUUAUUAUGGAUCGUUUUUAUAUAUACAUGCUUGAUCAGUAGGUGUCAUUAUUCUUCUACUAGUUAUAGCGACUGCCUUCUUAGGAUAUGUGUUACCUUGAGGACAAAUAUCAUUCUGGGGAGCCACUGUAAUUACGAAUUUAUUUUCAGCUAUUCCAUAUAUUGGUACAGAUCUUGUACAAUGAAUUUGAGGUGGAUUUGCAGUCGAUAAUGCUACAUUAACUCGAUUCUUCACUUUUCAUUUUUUAUUCCCGUUUAUCGUAGCAGCAGCAACUAUUAUUCAUAUUCUUUUUAUUCAUCAAACAGGAUCUAACAAUCCGCUAGGAAUUGUUAGUAAUGUAGACAAAGUACCUUUUCAUCCUUAUUUUACAUUUAAAGAUAUUACUGGAUUUAUCGUAAUACUAGCAGGACUUAUUCUAUUAACAUUAUUAAACCCUUAUUUAUUGGGAGAUCCAGACAACUUUAUUCCCGCCAAUCCACUUGUUACCCCUGCCCAUAUUCAACCGGAGUGAUAUUUUUUAUUUGCAUAUGCUAUUUUACGAUCAAUUCCUAAUAAAUUAGGAGGUGUUAUUGCCCUAGUAAUAUCUAUCCUCAUUUUAUUAAUCUUGCCUUUUACCCACGUAGCAAAAUUUCGAAGAUUAACGUUUUAUCCUUUAAAUCAACUUAUAUUUUGAUCAUUAGUAAGUAUUGUCUUCUUAUUAACUUGGAUUGGGGCACGGCCCGUUGAAGAUCCUUAUGUAAUUACUGGUCAGAUCCUGACUGUUCUUUAUUUCUCUUAUUAUAUUAUUAACCCACUUACACUUAUAUGAUGAGAUAAGAUACUAGAUUAG